AUGUCUUCCUCAUCGAGUGAUGAAGUUGAUGAAGCUUUAGAAGAAAUGGUCGACCAAGUUGUUGAUAAUUACAUCGACUCAGUGAUUCAUGCUCACCCCAACAAGCCGAAGAGACGAGCUUAUAUCGAAAGAGAUCGGGAACAAGGACACAAUCAGCUGUGGAACGAUUAUUUUAAUGAUAAUCCUACAUACCCACCAGAAAUGUUUAGGAGGCGUUUUCGAAUGAACAAGCCAUUGUUCCUUCGCAUUGUCGAACGUAUAAGUAAUGAAGUUCCAUACUUUCAGCAAAGACGAAGUGCUUGCGGAAGGAACGGGCUUUCUCCACUUCAAAAGUGUACGGCAGCUAUACGUAUGUUGGCAUAUGGUCAAUCGGGAGAUACAUAUGAUGAAUAUCUCCGACUUGGUGACAGUACAGCACGUUUAUGUUUGGCAAAUUUCACUGAUGCAAUAAUACAAUUGUUUGGAGAAGAAUAUCUACGAAGCCCUACAGCCGAGGAUCUUCAACGAUUACUCGAUGUUGGAGAGGUACGCGGGUUUCCGGGAAUGAUAGGCAGCAUCGACUGUAUGCAUUGGGAGUGGAAAAACUGCCCAACGGCUUGGAAAGAGAACGAACGACACGGAUACGCUCAAAUAAAUACUUCUGAGUUCGAAUCAGGAGAGUCAAGCAGAAGUUCAAAGUCGUGGGAGCAAGCGAAGAAGACAGACACCGGUUCACAAAUUUAA